AUGUUCUCAAAAACGCUUCCCUUUUUACUUGAAUUUUCAGCGAUCGUUUUUUCAACUAUUUUAGCGAUUAUGAUAGAGAUAAAGCUCUUUAGAUGGUGUUUUCUAUUGUAUAAUUAUUUAUUGUUCGAGUUGGAGUUAGAAAUACAUCAGGAUUUCGUGUGCUUACUUAUCUUGCUUUUGGUUUUCGUAUCAUGGAUCUUGGGUCGCACUUUAUGGCAUUUCUACUAUAAAAAUAAUCCAGACAUUUGUCGUGUACCUAUUAUGGAAAGCGUUUGGACUCUGUCUCUUUUGCUUUCCUUCUCUUUUUUCUUUGAUGAAUUGUUGUUAGAAACGGUAGACUGCGCAGGAAAGGAUUCGGGUGGGGGAGCGUCUACCUCCUCUCCCAAGCCUGAUGAAUGGCAAAUGGCGCUAGAUCUACCGGAUAAUCAAGUUGUACCGGAAUGUCUACGCUCCCAUAUUAAAGAAGAGUUAAGAUACCUCUUUAAUAUCGGGCGAAAGACGACCCUUUCCGAUGCUAUGUUUGACAACUUUAUUUCCCCCUUGGCCUUAGAUGAGGCAAAAGUGGGUUUUGCUAAAGCUCUCCUUCAAAGAAUAAAUGAGCUUCAAUUAUUUCAUUACAAUAGAGGGGAUCACAUUCCCUUUAAAUUCUCCUCGAGAGAGGAGAAAGAAAGACUCUUUUCUAUUGUCUGGGAAUACGCGGACAAAUUACCCGACGAAUAA